AAAAUUAGGGAGAAACUGCAUCACCUGAUUUUCCCGGAAAAUCCCAGCCUUCUCGAGAAAAUCUGGCGAUGGACACUCCUCCUGACCUCGACGAGUUCCGCAACUGGCUGGAGCUGCCCCGGGACGUGACGGCGUCGAUCCUGCUGAGAUUGGAAGCCAUCGAGAUCCUGACGAGCGCGCAGAUGGUGUGCUCGCCGUGGCGCAAACUCUGCAAGGACCCGUCUAUGUGGCGCACUGUCCACAUGUGCAAGCCCCACUCCCACUGGGAUAUCUCCGACCUCGAGAAGAUGUGCCGCCAAGCCGUCGAUCGCAGCUGUGGCCAGUUGGUGGAUAUCUGCAUCAAGUACUUUGGCGACGACGAGCUCCUCAUGCACAUCGCUGACAGUUCAAGUCAGCUCAAACGCCUUCGACUUGUAAGUGUCUAUGACAUUUCAGAUGAGGGAUUGAGUGAAGUGGCUGCAAAACUUCCAUUACUAGAGGAGCUUGACAUUACAUUAUGUUGUUCAUUGUCAAAAGAAGCUCUGAAAGCUAUGGGCCGUUGUUGCCCUCAUUUGAAAUCAUUCAAAUACAACGAGAAGGGGUAUAGAACUCCUUACAUGGAGUGUAAUGAGGUGGCACUUGCUAUUGCAGAGAACAUGCCUGAAUUGCGCCACCUCCAGCUUUUUGGAAAUACGCUGACUAAUGAUGGCUUGCAGGCCAUCCUUGAUGGUUGCCCUCACCUUGAAUCACUUGACCUACGCCAAUGCUUAAAUGUCAUUCUAGCAGGGGAUUUGGGAAAAAGAUGUGCUGGACAGAUUAAACACUUGCGGCGUCCCCUUGAUUCCACUGAUGACUAUGAAUUUGAUGCUGAACUUGAUGAUGACUAUGGUUCUUUUGAUGGUGACUACCCAUCUGGGUUGUCGGACUACGAUUUACAUUUGUCUGAUCCUUGUGGGUAUUAUGAUUUCUCCGACUCCGAAGACUACGAUGACUUCACCAACUACAAAGGUUUUUUCGAUGGAGAUUUUUAUUGACCAGCGUAUAUGAAAUGGCUCCUAUGCUGCACCCAACUCUUGCCUCCCUAUAUUUUGAAUGUUUAGUAUUAAUAUCAUAUUUACUUUAUAUGCACCGUUAGAUACAUCAACUUUAAAUUUUGACUGUAAAACGGAUGAUAUUCAUUUCAUUUGAAAUAGAAAAGAUCCUUGCCUGCAAA